CGCCCGAGAGUGUUCAGUCCAGGUGACAGAGUCCUGGGUGCCCCAGGGUUGGCCUGACAGUUUCAUCCCCGCCCACUUGCAGGAGAGCGCUGGGCCGGGUCGCUAGCGCUCCAGGAACAUAAAAGCCGCUGCGGCGGCAGCGGCGGCGGCGGCGGCGGAGACGCACAAGCUGUGGCCACACCAUGCACGUGAACGGCAAAGUGGCGCUGGUGACUGGCGCGGCUCAGGGCAUCGGCAGAGAGUUUGCAGAGGCGCUGCUGCACAAGGGUGCCAAGGUAGCGCUGGUAGAUUGGAAUCGUGAAACAGGUAUGAAGUGUAAAGCUUCUCUGGACGCGCAGUUUGAACCUCAGAAGACUCUGUUCAUCCACUGCGAUGUGGCCGACCAGGAACAACUGAGAGAUACUUUCAGAAAGGUUGUAGACCACUUUGGAAGACUGGACAUUUUGGUCAAUAAUGCUGGAGUGAAUGAUGAGAAACACUGGGAAAAAAUGCUGCAAAUUAAUUUGGUUUCUGUCAUCAGUGGAACUUAUCUUGGUUUGGAUUACAUGGGGAAGCAAAACGGAGGUGAUGGCGGCAUCAUCAUCAACAUGUCAUCUAUGGCAGGACUCCUGCCAAGUGGACAACAGCCUGUUUACUCUGCUUCCAAGCACGGUGUAGUUGGAUUCACGCGCUCGGCAGCGGUGACUGCUAAUCUUAUGAAAAGUGGUGUGAGAAUAAAUGCCAUUUGCCCAGGCUUUGUUAAUACCCCGAUCCUCGAAACCAUUGAGAAAGAAGAAAACAUGGGACCCUAUAUAAAAUAUAAGGAUCACAUCAAGGAUCAGAUGAAAUUCUUUGGGGUUAUGGACCCAUCAGUGAUUGCCAAUGGAUUAAUAGCACUCAUCGAAGAUGAUGCUUUAAAUGGCGCUAUUAUGAAGAUCACAAAUGCUAAGGGGAUUCAUUUUCAAGACUACGAUGCAACACCAGUGCAUGUGAAAGCUCAGUGAACAUCUUCUGCAUCAGCCAUCUCUGCAAAUAAACACAAGCGGCUUAUACUCAGACCAUAUCUUCAUUUGAAUAUAGUUUUUUAAGUAAAAUGUUAUUAUUUUACUCUUGCCUUCAUGCAUUUGAUGUUAAUUUUUCCUAUGCAAUUAGUCAAGUAUACAGAUUCAAAAAUAGAAACCAUCAAAAAUAUAAUAUGGACCAAAGCUAGAUUUUGAUUCUUAUAGUUCGAGUAAUGAUUACGACAAAGGAUAUUCAAGGAAUAUUCUGCUUUUCAGAAAAUGUAUUUAAAUCUGUGGUUCAUAAAUAUUAAUGUUUUUCAGAACAUCAUUUUAAAGGAGAUACUUGAAUGUUAUUGAAAUCAAGCCAGAUGUAAAAAAACCCACUCGUUUCAAUAUUAGCAUUUUAAAACAGUGAGGCUACUUUCAAUGGCAAAUCUUUAGUAACGAUAACUUUUAUUUAUAUGCCAUCUUUCAGCUGAACAGUUCAGAUCUUUAAAAAUGUGACACAUUUAGGGGCCAGUAGUUAAGGAAUAAAUUACAGUGUCAUGUAUCCUAGAUGAAAAAUCUGAUGUAUGGAAAAAUGACGGAAUGUAACUGGCUGAGAUGUUGAUUCACAGCUCAGCUUCCCAUCUGGGAAGACAUUUCUUUCCUCUUUGCUUACUUUAAGAACUUUCAUUGAUUCCAAGAAUCUCAGGAAUGAAAUUUUUAACAGUUACAGCAAAAAGGAUAGUUGUUGCUCCUAAAAUGUUAUGUUUAAGAUAUGCCCAUUAAGAAAAAAAAAUGUUAUUUUUUUCAGAUUACUUCUUUGUUUAUUUGUACCAACUUCAAAAGUGCCUACCUGAUGAUUAAACUUUUUUU